GCGCGAGCAUCGAGGGGAGGGGUUCGCAUGUUUCACUACGUUGGCUUUUCUCCCAGAAAGAUUUCGGUGUGGGAAUUUCAAUUUUACGUUUUGUGAGGCUAUCGGAGGCUCUAUUACCGGAGACCGCGUCCCGAACGAUUCUCUGAGCACCUCUAGACGGAAUAAGUGUGCCGGCCGUGAUGACGACAGAGGCGGGAUCAGAGACGGAUGUGAAGAAGGAACCAGAGAAGGUUCCUGAAGUUGAGCAGCAGCAGGAGCAGGAGACGGUUCCUCCACAAACAGAGGAGCAAAGCAGCAAACCAGCAGAGAGUGAAGCCCCGCCCACUGCAGCCGCUGCUGCCGACCAACCACAGGAGGAGAAUCAGAUCGCGGAGCCCCAGAGUGAGCCAGAAGCGUCUGCAUCUCCUGACCCCAGCAGUCCUCCUGCUGCCAGCGCACAGAAGAAGGAGAAGGGCAUCUCUCGCUUCCUGCCUCCAUGGCUUAAACGACAGAAAUCCCAGAGCCAGGAGAAACCGGCUGAGAGCCCAACGCCACACACAGAGCCCAUCGAGGAGAAGAGCGUCAAGGAGGAGGACGAGGAGGAGAAGAAGAGCGGAGACCAGCCGGACGGAGGAGCUGCAGAGCGGACGGAGGAGGUAGAGGUGAAAGAGGAGGCUCAGAGCAGACCACAGGAGGAAGAGCAGGAGAAAGAAGAGGAGGAGAAGGAGAAAGAGGAGGAGAAGUCUGUCGGCAGUGCUGACACACAGCCUGCGAGGGAGGAGAGAGAGGGGGAGCCGGAGGUGAAGGAGAGCGAGGAGAAGAAAGAGGAGAAGAAAGAGCAAGAGCAAGUGAUCCAGCCGGAGGAGAGCGCGGCGCUGCUGCCACACAAACUCAGCAAGAAGAUGAAGAUGGUGGUGUGUCACGUCACCUUGCUGGACGGCAGCCAGUUCUCCUGUGAGGUGGAGAAACGGGCGAAAGGCCAGUACCUGUUUUUUGAAGUGUGUGAGCACCUGAAUCUGGUGGAGAAGGAUUACUUCGCACUGAGUUUUAAAGACAACGCUGAGCAGAGGUGCUGGCUGGACCCGACCAAGGAGAUCAAGCGUCAGAUCCGCAACUCUCAGUGGCAGUUUGCGUUCAGUGUCAAGUUUUACCCUCCUGACCCGUCCCAGCUGACCGAGGACUUGACCAGGUAUCUGUUAUGUCUUCAGCUGCGGCAGGACAUCGCGUCGGGACGGCUGCCGUGUUCAUUCGUCACACACGCUUUGUUGGGCUCCUACGCCCUGCAGGCCGAGCUGGGCGACCAGGACCCGGACGAGCACCGCCUCGACUACAUCUCAGACUUCCAGUUCGCCCCAAACCAGACCAAGGAGCUGGAGGAGAAAGUGAUGGAGCUGCACAAGUCCCACAGGGGAAUGACUCCAGCCCAAGCAGACGCCCAGUUUUUGGAAAAUGCCAAGAAGCUGUCCAUGUAUGGUGUAGACCUGCAUCACGCCAAGGACUCUGAGGGAGUGGACAUCAUGUUGGGAGUGUGUGCGAACGGUUUGUUAAUCUAUAAGGACCGUCUGCGGAUAAACCGCUUCGCUUGGCCCAAAAUCCUCAAGAUUUCCUACAAGCGCAGCAACUUCUACAUCAAGAUCAGGCCGGGAGAGGCUGAGCAGUUCGAGAGCACCGUGGGCUUCAAGCUGCCCAAUCACCGCGCUGCCAAAAGAGUCUGGAAAGUGUGUGUGGAACAUCACACCUUCUUCAGGUUGACGUCUCCUGAACAGCCCACUAAGAGCAAGUUUCUGACUCUGGGCUCUAAGUUCCGCUACAGCGGGCGGACGCAGGCACAGGCGAGGCAGGCCAGCACCCUCAUCGACCGGCCCACGCCGUACUUCCAGCGCACCUCCAGCAAACGCAUCUCCCGCAGCCUGGACGGAGCUCCUAUGGUCAACAUAAGCGAUUACAGUCGUGCCGUGGACUCUGCCGCCGGUGGAGAUAACGGUCCAGCCCUGGAGCUCAACUCUGACUCUAAGCUCCACAGAUCAGCUCUUCUCUCCCCGAGGCCGACCGCAGAGACGCCAGCAAGAGCACAGAGGUCAAACCUGAGGUCAACGGUCAGCCAGAGGUUGUAGAAGUCGUGGAAGAAACCGUGGUCAUCGAGGAGGUGGUCAAAGCCAAGCCCAAAAGUCCCACUCCUGAACCAGAGAGCGCGGCGCAGGACCGCAGUUUAUCGUCCGACAGCGAGAGUGAAGACGAGGCUGAGUAUCACGCGCACACGCCCAGCAUCUCAGUCCAGCUGAUCAAAGAAGAGCCAGAGGAGGAGCUUAACCAACAAGCCCCGCCCUCUGAGCCUGAGCCAAUCACAGAAACAGAGCCAGCAGUCCCUGCCCCCUCUGCACAAACCGAAGAGGAUGAAGCUCCCAAUGGACACUCCCCCAUUCCAGAAGCCCCGCCCACUGAGACAGAAGAGGAGGAGCCUCACAUCGUCAAUGGCGGCGUUUCUCGAGUGGAAACGGAGGUUAUUUGUUGUUCGGAGCCUCCAGUUGUGAAGACGGAGAUGGUGACCAUUUCAGACACGUUUGCAGCGCAGAAGACGGAGAUCUCCACUAAAGAGGUGCCCAUCGUUCACACCGAGACCAAGACCAUCACCUAUGAAGCUGCGCAGCUGGAUGGUAAUGGAGACGGAGAGCCUGGUGUCCUCAUGACUGCCCAAACCAUCACCUCUGAGUCUCUCUGCACCACCACCACCACACACAUCACCAAGGUAACUCCCAAACACAUAAUGAGACAACACACACACACCACCACGUUAACACACACUCACAACCAUGGCAACAUGCACACAUACACACACACAUCACCAAAAUAACACACACAUUACCAU